AUGGCCGCAGCCAUCCCAACCAAAACAAGGCCGGCAGCUAUCCCAACCUCACCAUCCAUGGCCAUCAUCCCCUCUGCAUCCCCCAACCGCCGGCCUCGGCUCGCAGGCGGGAACGCCCCUGAAGGCACACUAGUGCCCGCGGAGCCGUUGCCAUUGGUGUGGAUGGUGCCCACUUGCUGCAAGGAGCGACGCUUCAUACAGAAGCUGGAUGGGCCGGGUGUGACGACUACGGGCGUGCUUGAGAUCCCGCUUCAUCCUCCACCUGACGACGCGCCUGGUGGAAUUCCGUCGCAUCGGACCAACAGGAUCCUCGACGGGCUCCUUGGGCCCCACUCACGAUGCACACACGCCCAACCCACGCGCACACACACCCACGUUGGAUCCCAUCUCUCUCGUCUUCCUCGAUCCCCUUUCUCCACCCCACGCCGCCACCAGAUUUCGGCGAUCCCCGCCGUUCCCCACCGCCCAGCUCUCCUCCCCGAGGUCACCUCUCCCUGCUCACCAUCUCCACCGACCGGUUUCUCUCCUCGCCCAGGAGUGUCCUGCCUCCUCGCCGCCAAGGCCGCCGCCGCCCGCCGCCUCGAGCGGCGCCGCCUCCUCCUCGAGCGCCGCGCCGUAGACCUCGCCUCCCUCGCCCUUGCCGCCCGCGCUGGCAUCGAUGCCACCCACGCGCACCGCCUCGCCGUCGCCCGCGACAUCAGCUCGACCAACGGCGAGAUCGAGGACGCGCAGCAGAAGGCGGAGCAGUGGGACCGCUUCUACGAGUCCAAGAGGAAGGAGAUGGAGGAGUUCCGGCCGUCAUCUCCACAGCCUCCAUCCACCCCGGCCGCAGCCACUUCUCAACCCCACGAGCAGCCUCCUGGCCUAGUUCCUCGUCACCAUCCUCCUCCCGGUCCCUGUCCACCUCCGCCUCCACCUGGUGGUCCCAGAGGCGACGAUUCCCCGUCGCCUCGGCCGCCGUAGAGCUCUGCGAGGCCGCCACGGGUGGUGGAGACUCCGUCCGCGUCAUCGAGACGCGCAGCCCAACUCAAGUGUUAGCCCCAACUUGAUUCUGAUGAAUUGAUGCUUGAUUCUGAUGGUCAUGGUGUGCUGCUUUGCAUGUUAAGUUCAGCGUGGAGGUGCCUCCCUUGAUAUGCAGAGCGGCGGGUUGCACUCGGACGACGCCGGGAUCGGGGCUGCGGAAGCCAGGAAGGCCGACCUCAUGGCUAAGAAGGCCAAGCUGGACGAGACCCUGGCUGCAGCCCGCCAGUUCAGAGCACUGCUUCGGCAGUAGCUCCAGAAAGCCUUCGCGUCACAGGUUAGGGAUCAAAAGGCAACACAAAACUGACUAGUUAUGUGGUACAAGCAAAACGACAUUCAUUAGCUAGCUCAUCAAUCGCUUCGGAUUAAGGAUGCAAUGCAAGUGUGGCGGGCUAGUGGACAGUAACAUAGUAGUACAAAUGUAGUGUUACUUUUAGGCAAAUGUUGAGCAAAUUUUGAACUAAUGGAUGAGUUUCGUGGGACGAAGCGGGCUGCCACUUGCACUCCUACUGAUGAAACGAACUUCAAAUGACUCUACAUGCAGAUACAUGCUUUUUAUUUCUGUCUUGUUUAGAGGAGGCCCCGGCGGCGUCGAGCUGCUGUUGCUGCAGGCACAGCAACGUCGGCGUGGUCGGGAUGGUCGCAGCCCUUCAAGAUUCUCAACGGCGGCGUCUCGGCGCUGAUGGCAGAGUCCACGGCGAGCAUCGGCGGGUACAGGUUCAGAUCAUCCAUGAAUUGGUAGUUAUUGGUCAUAUUUAGUUGCAUUUUGGUCAGUCCGGUUGUGGCUAUGGAGCACUUAUUUUGGUCAUGUGCUAGAUCUGUCAUGUAGGAGUAUUUGGCAAUGGAUAUUUGCUCAUACAGAAUUUUGAUAAUCAACUAGGAAUUACAAUUAGAAUCAAAGCAAUGCUACUUGUACUCCUUUCAUGA